AUGGGUUCGUUCGGGGCAGUGGUAGAGCAGGUUGAGAGCUUCAAGUUCCUUGGUGUCCAUCUCACCAACAAACUAUCAUGGUCCAAACACACAGCCGUGAAGAGGGAACGACAAAGUCUAUUUCCCCUCAGGAGGCUGAAAAGACUUGGCAUGAGACCUCAGAUACUCAAAACGUUUUACAGCUGCACCACCGAGAGCAUCCUGACUGGUUGCAUCACUGCCUGGCAGAGAGAGACAGACUUACUGUACAGAGACACAGGGAGAGUCAUUAUAGUGAGUGAGACAGACUUACUGUACAGAGACACAGGGAGAGUCAUUAUAGUGAGUGAGACAGACUUACUGUACAGAGACACAGGGAGAGUCAUUAGAGUGAGUGAGACAGACUUACUGUACAGAGACACAGGGAGAGUCAUUAUAGUGAGUGAGACAGACUUACUGUACAGAGACACAGGGAGAGUCAUUAUAGUGAGUGAGACAGACUUACUGUACAGAGACAUAGGGAGAGUCAUUAUAGUGAGUGAGACAGACUUACUGUACAGAGACACAGGGAGAGUCAUUAUAGUGAGUGAGACAGACUUACUGUACAGAGACACAGGGAGAGUCAUUAUAGUGAGUGAGACAGACUUACUGUACAGAGACACAGGGAGAGUCAUUAGAGUGAGUGAGACAGACUUACUGUACAGAGACACAGGGAGAGUCAUUAUAGUGAGUGAGACAGACUUACUGUACAGAGACACAGGGAGAGUCAUUAUAGUGAGUGAGACAGACUUACUGUACAGAGACACAGGGAGAGUCAUUAUAGUGAGUGAGACAGACUUACUGUACAGAGACACAGGGAGAGUCAUUAUAGUGAGUGAGACAGACUUACUGUACAGAGACACAGGGAGAGUCAUUAUAGUGAGUGAGACAGACUUACUGUACAGAGACACAGGGAGAGUCAUUAUAGUGAGUGAGACAGACUUACUGUACAGAGACACAGGGAGAGUCAUUAGAGUGAGUGAGACAGACUUACUGUACAGAGACACAGGGAGAGUCAUUAUAGUGAGUGAGACAGACUUACUGUACAGAGACACAGGGAGAGUCAUUAUAGUGAGUGAGACAGACUUACUGUACAGAGACACAGGGAGAGUCAUUAUAGUGAGUGAGACAGACUUACUGUACAGAGACACAGGGAGAGUCAUUAUAGUGAGUGAGACAGAGUUACUGUACAGAGACACAGGGAGAGUCAUUAUAGUGAGUGAGACAGACUUACUGUACAGAGACACAGGGAGAGUCAUUAUAGUGAGUGAGACAGACUUACUGUACAGAGACACAGGGAGAGUCAUUAUAGUGAGUGAGACAGACUUACUGUACAGAGACACAGGGAGAGUCAUUAUAGUGAGUGAGACAGACUUACUGUACAGAGACACAGGGAGAGUCAUUAUAGUGAGUGAGACAGACUUACUGUACAGAGACACAGGGAGAGUCAUUAUAGUGAGUGAGACAGACUUACUGUACAGAGACACAGGGAGAGUCAUUAUAGUGAGUGAGACAGACUUACUGUACAGAGACACAGGGAGAGUCAUUAUAGUGAGUGAGACAGACUUACUGUACAGAGACACAGGGAGAGUCAUUAUAGUGAGUGAGACAGACUUACUGUACAGAGACACAGGGAGAGUCAUUAUAGUGAGUGAGACAGACUUACUGUACAGAGACACAGGGAGAGUCAUUAUAGUGAGUGAGACAGACUUACUGUACAGAGACACAGGGAGAGUCAUUAGAGUGAGUGAGACAGACUUACUGUACAGAGACACAGGGAGAGUCAUUAUAGUGAGUGAGACAGACUUACUGUACAGAGACACAGGGAGAGUCAUUAGAGUGAGUGAGACAGACUUACUGUACAGAGACACAGGGAGAGUCAUUAUAGUGAGUGAGACAUAUUGAGAUAUGAUGCUGGCUGUGUGUGUCACUGUUGUCCUGGGCCUUCUCUCAGUGAGUGGCUCCCAGGCAGCCCCUUUAACCUGUGAUGAUCUCCUGAGACCACUGGAGCUGAGCAGUGUCAAUCAGACUCUGGGGAAGUGGAUGUAUAUUGCUGAGAGUUCGGAUGGUCCUUUCUGGGAACAAAUACUGUAUACCUUAUUACACAGUGCCUGGAUAGAGAUCUCUGUGCCGGUCGGUACCCAGAACAACAUUCUUGACAUCGCCCAUUUCUUUGGCAUCGGUAUUCCACAUCUAAAUGCUUUUCGAUUCAGAUGCUACAGGAUCAACUCUAACUUUACUCUGCAUGACAAUAAAACAUGGACCUCAGUGACCCCCAGCCCUGUUACUGAGGUUCUCCUGCCAACGUGCUCAGACUGCCUCCUGACCCUGGAGAGAUGGGAUGAGGAUGGGAAGACCUUCACCUCUCUAACACUCUACAGUAGGAGACGGGAGCUCACUGCUACUGAACUGGACUUCUAUAAGAAACAGGUGGAUUGUCUCAGUCUGCCACCAGCGACAUUCAUGGAUCCACAGAAAGAUCUCUGUCGCGACACAACUCCACUCUUAGAAGAUACAAUUGCGAAGGAAGUUGAGAAUGCAGUUGAACUUAUUUCAGAGAUUCCAAGAAUACUCAGAUAUACAUUUACACGUUUAAUGGAUUUAGUUUUUUUAGCCAUUUCAAAUGUUUUUGUGUUUGAUGAGUAGUUGCCUCCUCCUCUCUGAUUGGUUUGCUGCCCACCAUGUAUUCUACAGUAACCCAGGGUUACAGUACCUAACCCAGCAAGCCUGUAAACAGUCCCUGUUGCCUUGAUGUGGGACCAAACUCCACUCUGCUAAUGUUGCUCUACAUUCAACACAAUAAAUCCAGAUUAAGACAAA